AUGAGAAUUGAGGCACCACGGCAGAAGGCCACUGCUACACGAAUAGAUUCUGGCUCUAGACGUGUGCCGGUUGCCGACAUGGCUGCUGAUACUAACGACACUACUUCAGCUGCUGAUACUGCUACUACGGCUGCUAACACUGUUGUAACUAUUGACACUACUACAAGCGUAGAUGCUUCGGGGACUACAACAACUGCUUUUGCUGCGGAUUCCUUCAUUGUUGCAGCAUUUGUUGGAACUACUACAACUGCUGACACUACUACUACUGCUGCUGUUUCUACGGGCCCUAAAAUUGCUACUACUGCUGCACAAUCUUCCCUACUUAUGCUGCUGCUUCUGCUGGUGUUACAAUCGCUGCUGCAUGACUACCUUGAUGAACAGCUUCUCCACAGUGAUGAACAGCUUCUCCACACUGAUGAACAGCUUCUCCACAGUGAUGAACAGCUUCUCCACAGUGAUGAACAGCUUCUCCACAGUGAUGAACAGCUUCUCCACACUGAUGAACAGCUUCUCCACACUGAUGAACAGCUUCUCCACAGUGAUGAACAGCUUCUCCACACUGAUGAACAGCUUCUCCACAGUGAUGAACAGCUUCUCCACAGUGAUGAACAGCUUCUCCACACUGAUGAACAGCUUCUCCACACUGAUGAACAGCUUCUCCACACUGAUGAACAGCUUCUCCACACUGAUGAACAGCUUCUCCACAGUGAUGAACAGCUUCUCCACACUGAGUGCGUGUGGUUAAUUUCCUCUUCCUGUGACUGCCGCACGCUGCUUCAUGCGCACCACCUCACGCCCUCACACGCCCAGGCGCGCACCUCACACGCCCCGGCGCGCACCUCACACGCCCAGGCGCGCACCUCACACGCCCCGGCGCGCACCUCACACGCCCAGGCGCGCACCUCACACGCAUGUCUUCAGCACGCACUCACAAGCACCUGUUACGAUUAUUGUUGUGGGUGGCUUUUGAAAGGUGAAAUUGAAGGAGAAGAAGAAUUAGCAAUCAACUACCUGAUACAACACGUGUCAAGUGAUUACACUUGCAUCACCUACAAGGCGUAUUAG